GUUCUGUGAAACCCUAAAAUCACAGUCAAAUCAUCUGCAACCCGAAUUGGGGCAAAUUUCCUGAGAGGGAAGACAAUCAUGGGAGAUUCCGAUGCUAAAUCUGAAGCCUCGCUGAAAGAUAAAGGCAAUGAGUUCUUCAAAGCCGGGAACUAUCUGAAAGCCGCGGCUCUAUACACUCAGGCCAUCAAGCAAGACCCAUCAAACCACACUCUCUACAGCAAUCGUGCUGCAGCGUUUCUCCAUCUGGUUAAACUGAAUAAAGCACUUGCUGAUGCAGAGAUGACAAUCAGCUUGAAGCCUGACUGGGAAAAGGGGUAUUUUAGGAAAGGAUGCAUACUAGAGGCUAUGAAACGAUAUGAUGAGGCAAUGGAAGCUUUCCAGAUCGCAUCAAAGCACAACCCGCAAAGUGUGGAGGUAUCAAAGAAAAUCAAGUCUCUUAACCAAUUAACAAAAGAGAAAAAGCGAUCUGAAGAGGUGGAAAUCAUGAGAUCUAAUGUUUCAGUGUCAAAACAUUUGGAUACUUUGAAAUCUGAAUUGUCGGGAAAAUGUGGAGAUGAGACUACGAAUGAAAUGUUCUCUUUUCUUGUUGAAACCAUGGAGACUGCUAUAAAAUCGUGGCAUGAAACUUCUAAAGUGGAGGCUAGAGUUUAUUAUCUUCUUGACAGGGAGAGAACAGACACUGAGAAAUAUGCUCCAGCUGUCAAUAUUGACAAGGCUUUUGAGUCACCUCAUACGCACAGCAGCUGUUGUUCAUUCCUCAGACAGUAUGCUGAAGAUUCUUUCUCGCAAGCAGCAUGCUUGGUUACACCCAAAAAAGCUAUAUCUUAUCCACAGGUGUGGAAAGGUCAAGGAUCAAGGAAAUGGAAGCAUGGCCAAAGUGAUGGGUUCUUCAUUCAAUUUGAAUCACCUUCUGUACGCAAGCUCUGGUUCAUCGCCAGUUCAAUUGAGAAUGGGAAAACCUUGUGCAGGGAUCCGGUUUCGUUGGACAUCAGUGCUCAUGAACUUAUUCCUCGCCUGUUCAAGUAAACAUAAUCGAUACAUCUCAUGAGAAGCCUUGUUCUUCUUGAACAUCGAAGAAACUGGCAAUCCAAUGACUCUACAUGGAUGAGAUCCUCUUGAUGCUCUACUUUCGUAUGGCAAAAGGAUCGAAAUGGGAAGAGAGCGGUUUCUCAAACCGCUUGGUUGUUUCGACUUUCAACUGUAAGCUCAUUUUCGCAAAGGUUUGAUCCCUCGUAUAUUGCAAGCCUUUUGUUCGUCAUAUAAUAUAUAUAUCGCGGGUUAGGGGGACACAGUUUGCUGCUUGAAUAUUUGAAACUGAGAGUGGAAAUGAAUUUAUCACGGCGCCGUUGGCUUAUAACUUCUUAUCUAUUUUCUUUAGGGCAUGCUUCGAUUGGGGGUUUUGGCGGGAAAGAUUUCGAAGGUUUUUU